GGGAAUAGCAGCGCAGCAAAAUUGAAGGUGGACGGAGUCUAGAGAAUCCUGGAACGCCGUCAGUUCUGUCUAGAUUUCCUUCUUUUUUUCCUCUUGUCCUUUUUCUCUCUGUUACAAGAAUUACUGCCGCCGUCGAGAACUGCACCCGGUAACUGAGGUGCCUGGUUACCUAUCCUGCUCCAGCCUGCCCAUCGCCUGCUAACCUCACUUUUGCUUGCCUGGCCUGGCCUGACUGACCCGACCUACUCCAUACAACAUCCCCCCCCCGGUUAAUCCUAUUGUCCAUUUUUUUUUCCCCAUUCGCCGUCUCUUCUGGCAAUUGGCCAUAGUAUUGUCCGCAACGGCUGGCCGCGCCGCCUCUUUCAGUCAAGGUUCCUUUUUUCUCGCACACCCCCAAAAGGUCGAACGGACGGGCCACAGACGGGGACCCUCUUGUGUGGGCUGAGACAGUCUUUCUUAGGUAAGGGUGCGCUGGAACAAACCAACCUCAUGGAGCGCCAGAGCCCGCCGUUGAACGGCAAUUCUCAGCGUCGCAAACUCAUCAAGCGGCCCCCCUCGCACCAGCCCUACGGCCGCUCCUCCUCCGGCUACGACACGGAGUCGCUCGACGGCAAAAGCUCCAGCUCGCGCAACCUUCGACGAGCCCCCAGCGCUCCGCCUGUGCGGUCGACGGCCUCAAACGCGUCCAGCGGCUCCCCGCGGCCGCACCCCUCGAGCUUCCAGCAGCGAACGAAUGCAUCGCCAGACCUCAGCGCCCGAUUCCGCCUGAGCGACCCCAACCAGAGCCGCGCCAACGAGGAUCUGAUCGGCGCGCCAUUUGACGGCACUUCGAUCCUCAACCACAUCGAGGCCACCAAGUUCACCACAGCCCAGCAGCCGUCGCUCGUCAAGGCCGCGACCGACCCCCGCUUCACCAGACCGUCGCCCACGACAUCGCCAAGCUACGCUGCCAUGGACCAAGCGCUGGAAAAGUCCCAGACCGGGCGCGUUCCUGACGGCCUCAUGAGCCCCAAGCGCUUCUCUGACGAGGCCAAGGACAAGCCUCCCAACUCGCGCAAGAAGUCGGGCUUCUCCGGCUUUGUUAACAGCCUGGUCGGCUCUCAGAAGAAGCCUAUAAUAUCUGCGCCCGAGAACCCUGUUCAUGUGACGCAUGUGGGCUACGACAGCACGACCGGCCAGUUUACCGGACUUCCCAAAGAAUGGCAGCGACUCAUCAACGAAAGUGGCAUCUCCGAGAAGGAGAGGAGAGAGAACCCUCAGACCAUGGUUGAUAUCCUGCAGUUCUACAAAGAAACCACCGAGCGGCCACCCGAAGAUCAGUCUCUCGAAAAGUUUCACAAUGCAGGAGCCACAGAUUCUCGCCAAUAUGGCGUCUCUCCGACAUCACCAAACACAUAUCCCAGCAAUUACUUUGGAAGCUUUGAGAAUCCCCGGGCACCACCUCCCGUCCCUGCCGGCAGUAGAACUCAUGGCCCCGGCCCCAUCAAGGAGAUCAUGCCGAGCCGACCGGCGCCGAAGCCUCCAAUCAGCAUGAACAACAGGCCACUCCCACCUGGCGCAUAUGCGGCAAAGGACUCUGGUAUCGGCAUGGCGCAGCCCUUGGACGAUGCCUCCUCCAGCAGUUAUGGCCAUUCUCAAGAAAGCACCCCAAUGCUUCCAGAGGAGCAUAGAUCACGAUCCAACUCUCGCACCAAUGGCCUGUCACCUUACACUCCGCAAACCCCUUCUCUCAGUCCCGCCACUCAGGCCAAUGUAUACCAGCAACAGUUGAUGCAGCAGCAGCAGGAGCAGGCCAUGGCUCAGGCUCAAGCAGCCAUGACUGGACAGCUUGCCCGAGCCCCCAGCAAGAGACAGCCCUCCCCGCAUAUGGCAGCUCCCACGGCCGCUACCGGAUACGCUCGCGCUCCGGAAGCCAACGGCCAUCACGCUGCGCAGCGACAGCAACCCAGCCCCGCCGCACCAGCGGCUGCCGCCGGUGCGCGCCCGAGACAACGAGUUCGCCAGAGCAAUGGCAUGGACGUUGUGGCUUCCCUCAGGCGGAUAUGCAGCGAAGGCGACCCGCGUAACAUUUACAGAGGCUUCACCAAGAUUGGACAGGGUGCUUCUGGUGGAGUGUACACUGGUCAUGAGAGGGGCACUAACCGGUUGGUGGCUAUCAAGCAGAUGAACCUGGAGCAGCAGCCGAAGAAGGACCUCAUCAUCAACGAAAUCCUCGUCAUGAAGGACAGCUCUCACCCCAACAUUGUCAACUUUAUUGACAGUUACCUUUGUGACGGCGAACUUUGGGUCGUCAUGGAGUACAUGGAGGGCGGCAGUCUAACAGACGUUGUGACUUUCAACAUCAUGACGGAGGGACAGAUUGCUUCAGUCUGCAGAGAGACGUUGAGAGGACUACAACACUUGCACUCUAAGGGCGUCAUUCACCGUGAUAUCAAGUCCGACAACAUUCUCUUGUCCAGCGAGGGCAACAUUAAGCUCACCGACUUUGGAUUCUGCGCGACCAUCAAUGAGGCCCAGAAUAAGCGCACCACUAUGGUUGGUACGCCGUACUGGAUGGCCCCUGAAGUCGUCACGCGCAAGGAGUACGGCCGCAAAGUCGACAUCUGGUCUCUCGGCAUCAUGGCCAUUGAGAUGAUUGAGGGCGAGCCGCCGUACCUGACAGAAUCACCUCUUCGUGCUCUGUGGCUGAUUGCUACCAACGGUACGCCACAGAUCAAGAACGAGGGCGACCUGUCAGCGGUGUUUAGAGAUUUCUUGUAUUUUGCAUUGAAGGUGGACCCCGAGAAGAGGGCCAGCGCGCAUGAUUUACUAAGACAUGAAUUCAUGAAGCAAUGUGUCGAUCUAUCACAGUUGUCCCCCCUAGUCCGAGCUGCACGAGAACAGCGAGCACAAGAAAAGGCUCGAAAAGGUGCCUAAGCAUAUCAAAAUCACCGAGUUCCCAGUCUCACGUCCUCUCUUCCCCCCAAUCUCCCCUAAAAGAAAAACAACUGCAGAGGUUGCUCGCCCACCCCCUCCCUUUCUUCCUUUUUCAAAAAGAAAACCUUGAAUAUUAGAGGCAUACCAUUGUUCUUUUGGCCUUCAUCCAUUUCUUCUUCUUUUCUUCGGUUACGGGUUACUUUUAACAAAUAGGGGGGCUGUGUAUCUAGAGCUGCGGCUCCUCUUGUCAUGUGCUAUCGUUUAUUACCUUUUUUUUUUUUGGCAUCUUACUUCUUCGAUGGAGCACUUUUUAUGAAU